AUAUUAACCUCAAAAUAUUAAUAAACAAACUUAUUUCAGAUGCAGAAAAUGAAAAGAAAAAUCGGGGAAGGCGACACUCCUUCCCCCAAAAAAAAGAAGGUUCAGUUCACGGAAGGUGUGAAGGAAAAUAAGUCUGAAACCGCUGAAAAGAAGAUUAAGAAACCAAAAAAUGCAGAAGGCAAAAAGAACUUAAAAGACGUGUCAAAGAAAGAUUUUAAGAAUUCUCCUAAGAAAGAUUUCAAGACUGGACCUAAGAAAGAUUUCAAAAAAGGAAAGCCAGAUGAUAAGUUUAAUAAAUUUGGCAAAGGCAAGGGGAAUUUCGUCAAAGGAGCAAACAAUAAGUUUGGCAAAGAUCAGAACAGCGGUGAGAAGCCAAAAUGGUCGGAGAUGAAGAAGGAGAAAAAACAGCUGCGUCUGGUGAGACGUAAGGCUAAGACUUCCGCUGAAGUGUUUGAGGUUGCCAACAAGGCUAAGUUGCUUGCUGCCCAGAUUCAAAGGAAAGUAGUAAAGCCAGAGUUCCGCUUAAGCGCCUGUAAGGAGCUCCACACGCUACUCAAAGACCAAUAUAAAGCCAUAGCCCUCACGCACGACCUCAGCCGAGUCAUCCAAGUGCUGCUCAAGCACAGCGCAGAAGACAUCAGGAACGAAAUAACCGAAGAACUCCUCGAUCUCAUGGUGCCAAUGGUACAGUCGAAGUACGGUCAACAUGCCGUGAAAAGAAUACUGAAAUAUGGAUCAGAUAGUAUUCGCCAUAAAGUUAUCAAUAAGUUCUUUGGACAUAUUGUUUCGCUGGCUACGCAUACCAUUAGUGCGCCCGUAUUGGAUUAUGCUUAUGGCGAGUUUGCGACUAAGAAGGAGAAAGAACAUAUGCAGCAGGAGUUUUAUGGUGAUAUAUAUAAAAAUACAAAGGAUAACAAGGUGCAUACCCUCAGGGACACAUACAAAGACAGUCCGGAGAUGAAGACGGCCAUACUGCAGUCUUGCCAAGCCAACAUACAGAAGAUCUUGAACAAGAAUCUGCAUGACGGAGAAUUACUCCACUCCGUGUUAUACGACUACAUACGUGAAUGCAGCGACGAGGAACGAACAGAGCUCGUGACAACACUCGCGCCGCUCAUAGUGCCGCUCAGUAACUCCCUGCCCGGCGCUAAUGCGGCCAGCAUCUGUGUAUGGCAGGGCUCUAACAAGGACAAAAAGACUAUACUGAAAGUGGUGAAAGAGCACGCCGUGGCCUUAGCCAAGCACAAAACUGGCUACCGUCUCCUGUUGGCCAUAUUCGAUGCAGUAGACGACACAGUGUUGGUGCGGAAGGCCAUAGUGUCAGCCCUGGAGCCCCACAUUCACGAGCUGGCGAAGAACCAUUGGGGGAACAUGACCCUCCACUGGCUAGUGAAGCCUAAGGACCCGGGAGCGUUCCACCCGAGCCUGAUCAAGUUCCUCGAUGAAGGCUUCCAGAGCGGCACGUCCAAGAAAGACGCCGCCAUUCGCGUCGCAGAGUUACGGGAGGCCAUCUUGCCGGCGAUUGAGAAAGAUAUAGGCUCUGAUCCGGAGUUCUGGGUCAGCGAGAAGACUAUUAUGCUGUUGGCGGUAGCUGUGCUUUCUAUAGAAUCCAAGGAAGACAUCGUAUCAGGGCUGGCCGACGCGAUCUGCCGCCCCGACUGGACCGUGGGCGACGGACUCGCGGUAGAGGACGCCGGCAUGCACAUGUGCUUGAAGAAGCUGGCCGCGCUGGACCAGGCCAAGGAUGGCGGGACAUUGGGGGAGGCGGUGUGCGCCCGGCUUAAUGAAGACACGAUCAAAGUUUGGUUGCCAACCAACCGCGGUUGCUUCUUCCUCCUAAAGCUGAUCGAGAGCAACAGGCCAGAAGUAGCCAGCAAGAUCAAGAAGAUACUCAAGCCACACGCGGAACUACUCAAGCAGAAGACAGAAGGAGCCAAGCUGCUGUUACAGAAUGUUCAGAGUAAAUAAAUAAGUCUGGUUUA